UUAGCCAAUCAAACCGCAUUAUAAGCGGGCCCCAAAUCUAUUCUAGCUUAGACUUAAGAGAGUCGAAACUUUGGUCACUUUUUAGGUGUUAAUACACUAUCCGCCUCCAGUACCCACGCUCCCUUCCGCCUCCCUUCCCGUACCGUCUGAGCCCCGUUCAUCGCGCCCGCCAAUUUUUUCCCUCCAAAAUUCCCACGAGGUGAUCGUAUCUGCCACUCUCAACUCUCCUGCUCUUUCUUCCACUUUAUAUAUAACCUCCACUUUCUUCUUCCUCAGAGACAAAACUUGUUACAAAAUCGAAACACAAUGGCAGUAAUCAGAGAACGAAGAUUCCCUAAGGGAAAUCUCACCCUCGACCUCUCCCGCCAGGAUUCAACGGCCGGCACUGAUUGCUGCCAGCGCUUCAGUUUGCCGCAACUGGCGGCGUUGCCGACUGCCGCCGUUCCUUCCGGCGGCGAGCAUCGGCUAUCAGACUUCGAAAAGAUCAAGGUACUGGGUCAUGGAAAUGGAGGAACCGUUUACCAGGUCCGACACCGCCGCACCGGGUGCGUAUACGCUCUCAAAACGCUCACAGCCGAUGACUCUCUCCGGCGACGACAGAUCACACGUGAGGUUGAAAUUCUCCGCAGCACCGAUUCCCCCACCGUAAUUCAUUGCCACGGGGUAAUGCCCACCACCUCCGGCGACGCUGCCCUGCUCCUCGAGUUUAUGGACGCCGGAUCACUCGAAUCCCUCCUCGCCCGCCGUGGCGUCCCAUUCCCUGAAUCGGCCAUUGCUGGAAUCGCCCGCCAGGUCCUCCACGGUCUUUCGUAUCUUCAUUCUCAAAAGAUCGUCCACCGCGACAUUAAGCCCGGGAAUCUCCUCGUCAACACCGCAGGCGAGAUUAAGAUCGCCGACUUCGGGGUGAGCAAAAUCAUGCGCCGAUCUCUUGACCCCUGUGUCUCCUACGUCGGCACGAGCGCGUAUAUGAGCCCGGAGAGGUUCGAUCCUGAUUCGUAUGGUGGCCACUACGACGCCUAUGCGGCUGAUGUAUGGAGUCUGGGGCUCACCGUGCUGGAGCUCCAUCUUGGUCACUUUCCCCUGUUGCCGCCGGGGCAACGACCGGAUUGGGCGACUCUUAUGUGUGCAAUUUGCUUCGGCGAACCACCGGAGCUGCCAGAGACGGCUUCCAACGACUUCCGGGACUUUAUCGGCCGGUGCCUACAGAAGGAAUCGAGCAAGCGGUGGUCGGUGGCGCAGCUACUUGCGCACCCCUUCAUUGCUGGGUGGGACCACGGGGAGUCGGUUCUGGUCUUUCGAGAGAUAAUUUCGCCGGUACAGUCGCCGGCGGAGUCAUGAGCCGCCGCCGGCUAGAAGAAGCGGCUGAUUUUGUGAAUUUGUACAUAAAUGGCUUCUAAGUUCUAACGAAACUUCGCUGCCGUCUCGUCUUUAGGGUUUCUGUCAACCUUCCCCAAAAUUUUUCAUUGAUUAAGAUAUCUCAAAUUGAGAUUUUUUUUGUUUUUCUGUAUUGAGAAAGCUAAAUGGAACUGUCUCUUCACUCAAGUGAGACCAAAGAAAAGCUUCAAUUGUAAAUCUCGUUUUUUUAG